AUGGACAACGCGGUUGCAGUAUGGCUAAAUCUCGAGCCCGUGCUCUUCCAGUGCGUUUCAUUCAGCCCCACUGUAUACAGACUUCCGGAGUUGUUGCAGGAUCGUGGACAUGCUUCAAUUUUGAUGCUCACCAGACUAUUUCGCCCAGGAAUGGACCACCGAGUUGUCAUGGCUACCAUUGACCAGCUUGUAGCGGCAUACAUAGCUCAGUAUCCAGACGUCAUUCAUAGGGACCCCGCUGAGAGUAGGCCCUGGGUUCAGCGAUCCAUGGACUCCGUCCAAAGGAGCAAUUUCGGGUCUCCUUCAAAUUGCCAUCAUGUACUUUCUGCGCACAUUUAA